UUAUGCUCUAGUCUAUGGUGAAAUCCGUAAAUGAAUCAAUCGUAGAAUAGAAUGUAUUUUUUUCUCAAAUUUUCUUCUGCUUCCGUGUAAAGUGUGUAAAUGCAAUGCCUUAAAUUGAAUUAAUGUGUAACAUUCCACGCCGAAAAACAGUGCAGUAAUAUGUUUAAAGACCCUGUGCUCAUAGUUUAUACAUAAAUCCGACAAAACACCACGAUGGAUCAAGACGACGAAAUUAAAUCGGGUUGUUUAUUAUUUCCACCAGCCGGAGGGAACAUGUUCAGUAAAUUCCCCAAAAGAAAAAACUGGCAACAAAAAUACUGUAUACUCUUCACUGCUAGUAUACAAGGUAUUGAAAGACUUGAGAUAUACGACAAUAAGGAUGACGUUACUUCUGGGGCAAUCCCAAAAGUUAUAACACUUGAAAAUUGUAUAAAAAUUACACAUUCUAGUCCCAACAUGAUUACUAUACUGGCUAAGUCACAUACUCAACAAAUCAGCACCCAAUCAGAGGCAGAAACACUGGAAUGGGUAACGGCUCUGCAGUCUGUAGCAUUUAAAGGAAGAGACUCCAGUCCCAUCAGUUGUGAUGAAGACAAUGAUUUGUACUGUUCAUCUGGAGAGGGGGUGUUUUCCGUCAAAAUGUGCUCCUCAGAAGCUUCAACUAGAUGUGGAUUUGAACCCAUGAGGUACCUUCUACUGUUGACUGCUACAGCAAUUGAAUUAAGAGAUGUCAAUGACAACAAAUUGUAUGCUACAUGGCCAUACAGAUACAUAAGGCGGUAUGGUUACAGACAGGGUAAAUUCACUUUUGAGGCUGGCAGGAAAUGUGACACAGGAGAGGGAAUCUUCCACCUGGAGCAUCCCAAUCAGUCUGAAAUAUUUAAAUGUUUGUCUCUGAAAAUGAAAACAAUGAAACAGAUGAUUGGGAAUGACAAUCUGAACAGCCCAGAACACGCAGAGUUUAAUAUCCAGCCUAUUGCAAAUCUGUUUCCUGGUUCCCGCAGUCCAUUGGUAGCAACCAGACCCGAUGAUUUGAACUUAAGCUCUCUCUCCUUUAAAACAGCCUCUGUAUCUAGCCAUCAGACUGCAAGUACAGAUAGAGAUAAUGUGCCGCUUCUCAUGCCUAAACCUGCACUGAAGCCCAAGCCUCAGAAACCUCCUCGUAAAAUCAUUAAUCUCCCUAAACCAGCAGUCAAAGAUAUUCCUAGUUCAACAGAUGAGAGCAUCGACUUUGGCAGGUAUAAAAAACUUGACAAUUAUGAACCUAUUGAGCAAAUCAAACGAGACCACAGCCCCCCUUCAGUGCCAUAUGACAAAGUAGAAGUAAGGAGUGAAGCCUGGAAGACAUUAGGUAUCGAUGACCCUGACCACACUGAGUUCACUCCGAAUUUAGGUGACAAUCCCAACUGUAUGAAACUAAUAUCAAGGUCUCAGGAUAACUUAAACACAACUGGGCCUGAGGCAUCGAGGAUUAUCCUUUUACCGAGUCCUAUAGUCGAUCCUGAAGAUGAGAACUAUGACAGAUUGCAAUAUUUUGGGUCUACAAGUAAACUGAAUAAGUCUUCCAAGUACAAAAAAAUUGAAGCUCGACCUAACACGCUAGCUCUGGGUGAGCCUAAGAAUAAAGACUCAUGGAAUGAUUACGAUGAAGUGGAAAACGUCAUGCAAACUGCAAGAUUGGCAGAUGACUCUCAUUUAGGAUAUGGCAUGAUACGAAAACCCAACACGCCUGGUCCACAAGUGCCCACAGCUGCUCAGGCCCAAGCAUUACAGAACCAGGUUGCAUUAGAGGAAGUUACCCAUAACACUUGCAAUGGCACAGAUUAUGCAAUUGUUAGCCGUCCAAAAAGAGUGUAAUCUAAUAAAAUUAUGGUUAUUUGUGAGAUUACAUUUUCAAAGACUGAAUGAGACAACAUAAAACCACAAUGAUGUUCAUUGUCUUGUGUUACCUGUUUAAUAAAUGGUUAAAAGUUUUGGUGAAUAGAAUUAUAAGAAUUUCAUGUUAAAUUUUAAGACAGAUAGAGUGGCAAAAAGGCUUAAACUGAGCAUAUAGAUUGUAACAACACAUUCCCAAAUAAUAUAGAAAAUAUGAUUAGAAAUGCUGAAAAAUAUUCAGUAUCAUGUCUAAGCAAUUUAUUCUUAGUUUAAGCUUAUAAUUUUUCAUUUUUAGUUGAUUCCUAUGUAAACAGUUGUUCAUUUCUUAUUUAAUGUUUA